AUGUACCUAUUUACGUACCUGUCCACCUACCUAUCCAUCUGUCUACCUACCUAUCUACCUAUCGACCUAUCCAACUAUCUACCUUUCUAUGUACCUACCUGUCUACCUCUCUCUCUUAUCUACUUGUCUUUCUAUCUUUCUCUCUACCUGAGUCUAUCUACUUACCUGUCUACAUACCUUUCUAUCUGGGGUCCCUAUUUGGGGACACGUCAUCCUCGUGAUGACAAUUUCCCGGGAAGAGCCAUCCGCCCCCCUGCUGCCCGUCUCCCUAGAAACUGGGAAGGAUGCGAGUCCGUCUCCAGGCAACUUGGGCUUGGCUUCCUCCUCCUCCUCCUCCUCCUCCUCCUGGGCAGCUUCGACCCCGAUCCGCCCGGGAAGCCGAGGAAGAGCAAGAGGAAGAUGUCGGAGCAAAAGAAAUCCCAAAGCCUGGAGGAGCCGCCCGCCGAGGGGUUUCGCAACGGGCCACGUCCGCCAUUGUCCCGCUCUAAGACAUACGACCCGUCUUUUCCCAAAGAAGGAGACAAGGGAGCGGUGCCGAUCCACCACCGGAACUCGGAGCCCAACAUCUCUAACCUGAUGAAACACGCCGUGAACUUCCACCGAGUGUUUGGAGACCUCUCCGAAGACGAGGAGCUGAUCGACACCUUUUCCUGUGCUUGGCAGCGCGAAGCCCCUUACCACGGACGCUUAUACGUCUCCCCGCACCACGUCUGUUUCUACUGCAGCAUGAUCCGGAGAGAAGUCAAGGUGAUCAUCCCAGUGCCAACCAUUACCGUCCUCAAGAAAACCAAUACGGCUCUCUUGGUGCCCAACGCCAUCUGCAUCCGGACAACGGAAGGAGAAAAGUUUCUUUUCUCAUCCCUCCGGUCCAGAGAAUCCGCCUACCAGUUGCUACGCUCUAUUUGUAAACACCUCCAGGACGUCGGCCAAAAUAGCCCCGUCUCGCCCUUCCUGAUGUCGAAGGAAACCGAUUCGAAUCAUUCCUUACCGGAGCACGAAACCCUUAAUGAAGAAUCAGACGAGCCGGACGAGCCGGUGACGAUGCCAACACAAAUGCCAAACGAUUUGCAAGAAGAGGUGGCAAAUAGCAAAGAAAAAGAACAGGAAACAAAGGCCUCGCAAAGGCCAACGGUGCAUUCGAACCCACUCCAUGCGAUUAUCCUCAUCUAUUUAGUCUUAGUGUUGGCCUUGCUCCUGUCCUCGAGUUACAUCGGGUUGCGCAUCGUCCAGCUGGAGAAGCUCUUGACCUCCAUGGGCGCCUGGCCCGAACUGGACCUCCAGGAUUAGUAUUGAGCCACCGGAGAGCGAUGGGAUCUAGUCGGAGCCACUUUCCUGCGGGUCAGAAGCUGGACGCUUGACCGCCAAAGAUGGCACCCAAAAGAUAUGUUGUCGUCAACACAGGAGUUGAGUUGUGAACGUAGACGUCAUGAUGUCGUCAAUAUAGACGCCAGGUUGCCGUCAACAGUGUUGUCGUCAACACAGUGUUGUCGUCAACGUAGACGCCGUGAUGUCGUCAACAUAGAAGCUGGACACUGACCGCCAAAAAUGGCGUCAAAAAGUUAUGUUGUCACCAACGUAGGCACCAUGUUGUCGUCAAUAUAGACGCCAUGUUAUCAACAACACAGACCCAUGUUGUCAUGAAUAUAUCUGCUGUCGUCAACAUAGAUGUCAUGUUGUCAAUGUAGACGCCAUGAUGUCAACAUAGAUGCCAUGUUGUCGUCAAUAUAGACGCCAUGUUGUCAUCAACAUAGAUGCCAUGUCGUCAACAUAGAUCCAUGUUGUCAUGAAUAUAUCCGCUGUGUUGUCAACAUAGACACCAUGUUGUCGUCAACAUAGAUGCCAUGUUGUCAAUGUAGACGCCAUGAUGUCAACAUAGAUGCCAUGUUGUCGUGAAUAAAUCCGCUGUGUUGUCAACAUA